AUCUCUCUUUCCUCACCUCCUCUGACCUCCUCGUCUCCUCACCUUUCCCACUUUCUCGCUUUCUCGCUUUCUCAGCUUCAGCUCCAGCUAUCUUCCUUCUACCUCUCUCCUCACACUUCCUUCUUUUAUUUCCCUCCUCUUCGCCUCUGCACUUAUAAAGUAAAACUGAAGCAUAGUUUAACCACGAGUAUCAUAACACAACAAUAUAACCAUAUCACUGUAACCCGCAAUGGCUGCCUCCGUGGAUACCAUCGCCAACACUGGAUUGCAGUGCCAGGACCGCAGCUACCAGCCUCCUCAACGGAGUAGCCGCUCUGCCUCAACCCUGGCCUCCCUGCGGACUUCCUUUUCAAAGGUUUCGAUUCAAGGCCAGCAGCGACCACAUCAACCCCUGUACAAUAACGACGACCAAUAUUCAACGACCACUUCUGCUUCCAGCACGACACCCGCGAUGAUGGCCUCUCCUUCAUCCGAUCCUCGGCAGCACAAGAGCCCGCGCGACUAUCACGAAUCAAAACCAGCGCUCCCCCUCUUGCAGAUCCCCUUCAGCAAGCAACAUGAAAUCAAACACGCACAUUCACAGCCCGCAACAAAGACAGAAACCAAGGACGGCGGCGACGAUGGCUACUUUGGCGAUAUACUCGACAAGUACUGCCACUCGGAUGAGGACCCAAUAUCGCCCUCCACUGCUUCGCCCACCUCGCCCUUCUCAACAGCACCCGACUUCAGGGCGCCAAUGCCCCCAACGCCCCCUGUGACCUUGAGCAGACACCAGCGACAUCAGAACCAGUCGAUUGUACCACCACAACGAGCAACGCCGCUCAGGAAUUCAAUCGUGCCCCAGAGCGAUCGCUCGAGUGUCGAGAGCAGCCCCAUGCUCGCAGCCUCUGCCAGAUUCAGCGCGUACCUAAACUCCACAUCCAACAGGGCCAGCCGCGAUUCUUUACCGCUCACUGGAACUGCUUCCAGCUCGCCUUCGCCAUCGCCCAUUCUACGAGCAUACACAAAGCGACCUGUCCCCAUACCCGAUUCUUUGUCAGCUGCGAAUGCUGCUGCCUCGCCUAGGACUUCGGUGGCCUCAAUGGUAUCGUCGCAAGGUCGUAGUCGCUCAGCGUCCGACUUACAGGUUUCCGGACCAGAGCCGCCACCCAAGGACAGCGCCAGACAGCUGUUGCAUGCCCAGCAUCGUAAUAGCAGCAAUCCACAAGUGCCUCAACGGUCCAACACAUUUCCCGCAGUAGUUGAGGAGGCCAUGAGGCGGGACAGGGCCGUGUCCCUCUCCAGCUUUGCUUCGUCAUCUGGCGACAUCAGCCCCUACGCCGAGAACGCCAUCAUCCGUGGCAGGAGCAACUCUAGCCAGUCGCAACUCAGCUACCUGACACCCAAAUCAAGAGAUCGAUACUCCAACCAGCAGCAUCCACAACAGCAAAAGCAGCAACUUUUAUAUUUCCCAGGACAAAAUGGCACCAUUUCUUCCAUCCCUCGCUCCCAGGUCAAUGAGGAGCGAUUGUACUACCAACAACAACAACAACAACAACAACAGCACUAUGACUACCAGCAGCAGCGAUUGAGUCAGCAACAGUCGCCACCACAUUCGCCACAUACCUCUGCCGCACUGACACCCUCAGAGAUGCUCUCUCGGCGAUUUGACGAUCGCGCUAGGACCAUCGAUCAGGUCCCGACUCCGGCCCCUUCGAAAUACGCCGCUACUGGAGGAAUGAAAUCCGCCCUCGUUAAGACUCCGAUAGCGCAUACAAGAUCCAGUGAGACUCUCGGACGUACGGUGAUCUUUGGCGACAUGAUCACGGUCGUCACGGUUGAACGGACAGAGACACCGCCACCGCCCCCUGUCAACAAGAAGGGCAAGAAGAAAAAGUCCAAGAAGGGCUCGUCUAAGGCCGGGCCACAUCCUGACCCAGAAUAUGACUCUGACUAUUAUAAUGCCCCCUAUACCCCAGAGCCGGCCGAGGUCGUGGUGACGCAGGCGCCUUGGAUCGGAAAUCCCAACUACGAUGAGGAGAGGGCCAACUCGAGGUUCUAUAUCGAGGAUGACUACGACCCAGAGUACGAUGAUUACGAAUACGUACCUCCUAGAGGUUUGAGUCCUGAGAAUGAGGGCGACGAUGAGGAGGACGAGGACGAGAACGAUGGUUAUGGCAACGGAAAUGAAUCACCGCCAAAGAAAAAGGGUGGGAUUUUCAAAUUCAAGCGCGCCGUCAAUCGCCUUCUUCGCAACUAAAUGCCUUAGGCAUGCUAAAUUCACCUCUAUUGUAUAUCACUUGCUAUCUUUAUUCUUAACUAAUGUAUUAUGGUAUGGGGUCUUUCUCGAGGGAGUGAAUAAAUAUAAAGGGAAAA